AUGCCUGUUCGAACUUAUCUAAUUAAUCGAUUGACUGAUGCAAUAUACCGACUUAAUGGUAUCGAGCCAUCACAUCGAAUGCCACAUAAAGAAGAUUUACGACAGUCAUUUUCCGAUCAUGUUUUAUUCAGUUCAGACCAACUUCCACCUAAAGUUGAUCUUCAACCUUAUAUGACAACUGUUGAAGAUCAAUCAAGAAUCGCAAAUUCACUUGCGGGAGCUUAUGAAUAUUUAAUAAAAAAAGUUCAUGGUACCAAUGUUGAUGCAGUUAAAACUGAUAUUGUACCAAUGCCAAAUGAAGCAGAACAAGGUCGAACUGAACAUGGCAGAUCUGAUUAUAAUUUCCAGAAAAAAAAAAUCAAGACUAAUCCGAAAUUAUGUUUUGAUGCAUGGGUUAUUCGUCAAUUCGAUAAUGAUGACAUGAAUAAUGAACAUUGGCAUUUUACUGACGCUAUUGAUUUUCUAUUCAAAGCAAUGCACAAUGAUAAUCAUGAUCAUCUUGAAAUUCAAGAGAUUGAAGAACAUGAUGUACAUAAAUAG